AUGAAAUCCGGUUGUGGAGACAACAAGCCGGACGUUGCCAUGAUCCGCGACGCGCUGCUCCCGCUGAUAUCAAAUGUAAAAAUGUCCGGGUCUGGAAAAGUGUAGACUUGGCAUGCAGAUUUUCCAUGACCCAUGAGGUCUGGAAUGCGAGACUUAGCAUGACAGACUCUGCGAGGUCUCUGCCAUGCCUAUCCUGCACGAGAAACUUCCUUCCAACUUGGUCAAAAGUGUACCGCUUUUGACACUCAUGCAACACAGAUUUUUGCAUGCUUCAGAUUUACCAUGACAAGUUGCAACUUUCCAGACCCAGACAUUUUCGCAAUCCAUAGCUGAUGCUGUACGACGAAACAGAGCGCAACGCGGAGUCCGAAAAACACUUGGUGAUUUCCAUCGACAGCAUCGUGCAAGAGGGAGAAGAAAUCCCGUGGUACACGCCGUAUUGCUCGUGGGAGGAAACGCAGAAGAAAGCGGAGGAGCUCGCUCGAAAGCGGGAACAGGAGCGGGAGACGGCGGAGAGCAGCAAGAAACUGACUGAAAAGGAG